GCACCAAAUGUUCUCUGCAAUAUAUGUGUCACGUCUUUAGAAGCGUGGUUGUCACAACAUUGACUUCGGCUAAAUCGUUUUGUGGUGUGAUUCGACACCGUCUCCGCUAACUCGAUGCCUAUACCCACAGCCACGAGCUACUAUAUGGAAGGAACAGAGACCCUUAGCACGAGUAGCCAACUAGAAGCCGACCAGAGAGUUUUGCAACUUGCUUUAGAAUACUCCAUGUUAGGGCUUACGACAGAGGAUGAAGGCUCGAACUGCUUCGACGAACUGAGAGUGAAGAAAAGUGUAAAUAUGACGGAGUGUGUUGCCGUCCCGAGCUCAGAGCACGUCGCCGAAAUCGUUGGAAGACAAGGCUGCAAAAUCAAGGCGUUGAGAGCAAAGACGAAUACUUACAUCAAAACCCCGGUUCGAGGCGAGGAUCCUGUGUUCGUUAUAACCGGUCGCAAAGAAGACGUGGUUGUUGCGAAGCAAGAAAUAUUGUCGGCGGCGAACCAUUUCUCACAGAUUCGAGCCCAACGCAAGAAUUCGACACUAAACUCGGGGCCGUCGUCUCCGACAGGAGGACCAGGCCAGACGACGAUUCAAGUUCGAGUUCCAUACCGUGUCGUAGGCCUCGUCGUCGGACCGAAAGGAGCGACUAUCAAACGUAUACAGCAAGCCACAAAUACUUACAUCGUGACACCGUCUAGAGAUAAAGAGCCCAUAUUCGAAGUCACCGGCAGCGUUGAAAACGUUGAAUCAGCAAGAAAAGAGAUUGAAACGCAUAUCGUGCUUCGUACAGGCGGAUUGCUAGACGACGACGUGUUCCAAGGCAACACUACCGAUGCACUUAAUUCGUUCAAUGGUUUCCAAGCCGGUCAAGUUUACGCGAACGCACGAAGUGGUCGAGACCUCCAGCGAGCCCUGUCAACAGAUUCAUUCUACCUUACCAACUCUUCAAAAAUCACGGACUAUAAUUCCCUGGCAAGUCCUUUCUCUACAUCAAGCAACGGUACAACGAACGGCUAUUUCUUUAACCACGAUCUUAUUCCAUCCCCAACCGACGACCUAAUUAUUCCCAGCAGCAAUGGUUUCAACUCGAGUCCACCGCCUCCUUCCCCGUCAAUUUGGAGCUCCGAUACGAAAACGGACACUUCAGCUUUUUCGACAUCAAAUGGGGCUUUGAAUGGCGUCGGGUCCAUCGGUAGUGGACGACCUACAACACCUCAUACCACCGCGCGAAGAUUGACAAGCGAUCCAUUGUUGCCUUCGCUUCCCCCGAGCACAAUCAAUUUCUCGCGAUUUACAAGCGCAAGUACUGCUCCAAUCGGAACGCUAAGUAACUCAGGCAGUGCUUUGAUAACCACGUCGACUGUGAACGGUGAAAUGCCUAGAGUUAACGGUAUCAUAGGCUCUCGCUCACCGUCCACAGUCGAUUCCUCGUCGAACAACAACAACAUUAUUCCUCCUGCUAAGAAGAAGGACUGCAUGGUUUGCUCUGUUGCCGAAGUCGUGGCUGCGCUUGUACCGUGUGGGCACAAUUUCUUCUGCAUGGAGUGUGCUACGAAACUGAAGACUGAGGAUUCUUCUUGUCCUGUUUGUCAGGAACAAGUGUCGCACGUUCUGCGUAUAAUUUCGUGAGAGGAUUGAACAGUAUAAUGCAUUGCUGGGUCGAUUCUGACAUACGACGAGCAGUUAAGUACAUUGAAGUAUAUUUACACCACACAAUAUAAUAUCGAAAUGAACUGUUUAUUAUAUGAUAAGUAGAAGAUUUGGGAGGAAAAAAUUCAGUUAGUACAAUAAAGAACAAACAAAAGAUCGCUGGUCAGGUCUUCGGAGAGUUUUGUAGUCAAAAACGGGUUUUUGUAUGCGAGGAUUUUAGUCUUUGAUUUUUUUGUAUAGAUUAUUGCACACAGCACCAUUUAUUUCAUGUAUACUUUCGUGCGAAUACCAAAAAAUCUAUGUACAUUAUCAAGAGAUGGCUCUGUUUGCUUUUAGCUUUACUGCUAUGCGCCUAUCUUUAAAGUUAAACAAAGUUUCGAUGUUGUUACAAGCGAGGCUAUCGGCAGUUAAAGCGUUUAGGCAAACCGAGUCAGUUUGUGUAUAGCAAAAUAUUUUAGAUUUCAUAUUUUACUACCUUAGUCUAGCCGUGUUAUAUAUAAAAAGAAUAGAUAAGUAUUUAUCCAUGACUAUUUUACGUGUUUAUUAUAAGAUUUAAAAGAAGCAUUUUGAUAUAUAUGUCUAGACUGUUUAAAUAUUCAAGAUUUCUGUAAUAUUUGUAUCGAUUAAUAAUAGAGUAAUUUCACAGAGUAGAGUCACACUAUAUAUAUAUAUAAAUAUAUGUAGUCCUAUUUGCCGUUUUAUAUAAUAUUAUAUAUGUACCAUUUACGCCUUAAGACUCACUCGCAAACUCAAGGUAUGCAGAUAUAGAGUUGUUCAGAUUAUUAUAUAUAUAUAAUAACGUACAUGAUGAUGUGAGAAAAUUAUUUUUUAUUUUAUGCCUAAACAAUGUUAAAUGCAGAAUAUAAGAAUAGAAUAUUGCAAAUUGUAUAGCUUUAUUUUUCUUCAUUAAAUUACACAAUAAUAAAA